AUGCGAAAGAAGCCGAUAAAGAUGGAUAAUGAACAAUUGAUUCAGGAAUUUAAAACCAUCACCAAUAGUGAAGAUGAUGAGAACAUUAAGAAUCUUUUGACAAUUCAUGAUUGGAAUUUGAAUAAUGCCAUCAUGACGUUUUUUGAUACGGGGUUUGAAUCGGUAAAUCAACCACAAUCGAUCAUUAAUCACCGUCAUGAUACUAAUGACCAUGAUACUGGUUUUGGUGAUAAUCCUUUGGAAGAUAUUGAGUCAACUGCUAGAUCUUCAGGGUCGGAUCCUUUUACUUAUUCUACCGCACAAUCUUUUGAAAUGCAAGAUUUAAUUCCUAGAUUACCUUUUGCUCCACGUAUUUCAAAUAAUUGGCAAUAUCAAAUUGGUAUAUACAAUUCAUUGAAACCUGUAGAAACAAAAGUUAACACCAUUUGGUUUCUCCUUCUUUUUGUACCGAAAAAUCUUUUGAAUUUGAUAUAUUCAAUUUUAAGAUAUUUCUUCAAACCAAAACCAAAUUCUUUCCCCAAGGCCAUUAACUAUGAAUUGAUGGAUUUGAAUCAUGAAAUCAAUUUUGACAACUAUAACGUGUAUCAUAAGAACUACAAUGAUGUUUAUCAGAAAACAAAAGACAACAAUGAAUGGCUUUUAGUUGUGUUGGUAAAUAAUGACACUUCGAGGUUUGUAGAGAGUUUAUUGGAAAAUAAUCAUUUUGUCAACCAUUUUGGUGAAAAGGGAGUUGUAAAAUUGAAUAUUUAUGUUGGAAAUGUUGAUAAAUCACCAGAAAGUUGGGAAAUCGGAUCGAAAUAUCAAUGUAAGAGAUUACCAUCAGUUUAUCUUAUAGGUAACGUCACCAAUAAUCCAAGUAUAAUGCCAUCGAUGUCUAUUAUUUAUCGAUCAAAUAUUUCCAUUGGGUUUAUUUCCAAUGACGUUAUCAAUCAAACUACCAAUAAAAUAACGAAGAAUUUGAAAAAAUUGACCGAUCAUUAUGAACCUCAAUUAAUCACUGCAAGAUUAGAAAAAAGAGAAAUUGAAUUGAGUAGAAAGAUCAAACAGAAUCAAGACGAAGCUUAUAUAAGAUCUUUGGAAGCAGAUAAAGUGAAAAAACUCGAAAAACAAAAACAAUUAGAUUUGGAAAAUUAUCAGAAAGAUAAGAUUAAGUAUUUACAAUAUUUAAAGAAUAGUAAUUGGUGGGAAGAUUUGAAUACUAACGGUACAAUAAGAAUUCAAAUAAAAUUACCUGAGGAAAAAAUAGUGGUGAAAUUGGAUCCUUCUAUCUGUUUAAAAGAUCUUUACCUUUUUAUAGAAACCAAAUUAUCUGACGAUAUAGAUAUUGACGAAGAUUGCUCCGGGUUCAAACACAAUAAUGAUUUCAAAUUCGAAUUGAUUCAACCAUACCCCAAGAAAGUAUUUGAUGAGUUACACUCCCCUAUCGAAGAGGUAUUGAAAUCAGGGAUGUCAUUAUUAGUUGAGUUAGAUGAAGAUGAAGAUUGA